CCAAUUAUGCCUAAAUGAUUUGUUUACAAUCCAUAAUCUCUAUAAAAAGAAGUAGCCAGAGCCAACCUAACCAUCACCCAAAAAGUCUCUUACAUACAGAGAUAGAUGGCAAAACUCUGCAAUCUUUUUGUUCUAGUCUCUCUAUUGGCAGCCCUAAAAUGGGCUCAAGCAAAAGAAAUUUGGGUCAACAGAGUUGUGCGAGAGAAGGAGACAGUAACCAACCUCCAAUUCUACUUUCACGAUACAUUCACUGGCAACAACCCAAGUGCUAUAGUGAGUAUUCAACCCAAUACCACAAAAAAAUAUGCCACGCUCUUUGGUGGAAUCGUAAUGAUCGAUGAUCCGCUGACUGUGACGCCAGACCCGAAUUCGAAGUUGGUGGGUCGGGCACAGGGGCUUUAUGGGUCAGCUGGACAGACUGAAUUCUCUCUUAUAAUGGCCGUGAGCUUGAGAUUCAUGGAUGGUGGCUACAACGGUAGCUCGCUCAGUAUAUCUGGCACGAAUCCGGCUUCCAACCCGGUUCGCGAGCUACCCAUCGUGGGUGGGACUGGGAUUUUUAGGAUGGCGCGUGGAUUCGCUAUUGCGCACACGUAUUUCUUUAAUUCGACGAGUGGUGAUGCUAUUGUGGGGUACAACGUUACUGUUUUUACUGCUGAGUAAUUAAUUUCUUU